AUGUCCUCCUUUGAAGAAAUCGCUGUGGUGGACGCCCCGCGCCUUGAGAGACUCAUCCUAACAGGAUGUUGGAGCAGCGGCGGGGUUUGCACCAAGGUGAAGAUCGGUUAUGCCCCCAAGUUGCACUCGUUGGGAUACUUGGAUUCAGGAAGUCAUGACCUAGAGUUCGGCAACACCGUCAUCAAGGCUGGGACAAAGGUGAGCCCAAGCACCAUGGUACCAAGUGUGAGGGUCCUGGCUUUGGAGGUGCGUUGUGGAGUCCGCAAUGAUGUCAAGAUGAUCCCGACUGUCCUCAGAUGCUUUCCCAAUGUUGAGACGCUCCACAUCAUGUCUGGAAAAACUGGUCAACCCUCUGGCAAGCACAACCUCAAGUUCUGGAAUGAGUCUGGUACCAUAGAAUGCAUCAGCUCGCGCAUCAAGCUGCUGGUUUUCCAUGAUUACCGAGGGGAUCGGAGUGAGCUUGCUUUUCUCAAGUUUUUCUUUGAGAGUGCGCUGGUGCUGAAGCAUGUGGUGAUAGUGUUGGCCAAUGCAUGGUUCACUUCCAUGGAGGAUAUGCAUUCCAAAGUGAAUCCUCUGCGGUCCAUGAAACGGGCCAGUGCAGGCUCCAAAAUCAUGGUCACCGGGUGUUCUGAUCCUGAAGAUGGUGGCAUGGGGAACUUCAAGAGAGCAUCGGCCAGUUCUGUUGGCGACCCUUUCGUGAACUUCUGA